CGCUUGACCUAAUGCCGUAUCGUUAUUGAGUUAUCAGCAUUUUGAAUAAAAGCAACUCGCACACAAUUACAGCGCCAUACUACAAUGGUGUUAAAUCAUUUUUUGUUUACGUUAGUUAUCACAAAUUUGGCUGCAAAUGCUGCUAAACAGUGUCAAACCCCGAACAACUUUUCCGGCGAAUGCGUCCCAAUUGAAAACUGCCCUUUACUUAAUUUCUUUUUCGAAAAUGAAUCGCAAACACCUACACGAAAUGAUGCUUUGUAUCUGAAUAAAUCUUUAUGUAAUUUUUCGGAUGUGGAUGACAACCCAAUAGUGUGCUGUCCCAUGAACACCUUACUAGAAAGAACUGAUUGUGGUAUUAGUGUUGAAAAAAAGAUAUACGGGGGACGAAUAACCGAGCUUGAUGAAUUUCCUUGGAUGGCAUUACUAGAAAAGAAAAAAUCGGAUGGUAGCAAAGAAUUCGUCUGUGGAGGCGCUUUGAUUAACAACAAGUAUGUUUUAACCGCUGCACAUUGUGCUGUUUUGAAGAUAGUAAGCGUCCGUUUGGGCGAGUACAAUACAAAGAGUGAUGUGGAUUGUAUAAAGCAGGGUAUAAAUAAUAAUGACCAGGAUUGUGCACCACCACCAAUUAAUGUUCCUAUCGAAGAAAAAAUUAUCCAUGAGCGUUAUAGCAUUUCCAAUAGUUUGAACAAAUACCACGAUAUUGCAUUAUUGAAAUUAAAAUAUGCAGUGGAAUUUUCAGAUUACAUAAAACCUGUUUGUCUUCCGAACUUUCCCGAGAAAAGCUCUUACAAAGGUGUUAACUUUACCAUCGCCGGUUGGGGAGAAACCGAGAAUAAAACUACGAGUAACGUUAAGCUAAAAGUUGAGCUUCCACUUAAAAGUCGAUUACACUGCCAAAAUGCCUUCCGUAUUUACAAUUUUAAGUUAGAAUUAUCUGAAGGUCAGUUGUGCGUAGGGGGGGAAAAGGGCAAAGAUUCUUGCGUCGGAGACAGUGGAGGGCCUUUGAUGAAUGCCAACAGAAAUAAGAAUAACGACUUGGUGUGGUAUGUGGUCGGAAUUGUGUCCUCUGGGUCCAACAGGUGUGGGUUGGAAGCUUUUCCAGGAAUAUACACAAAUGUGUCACAUUAUGUGCCAUGGAUAAUUAGCAAAAUAAAACCCUAAUAAAAUACAGAAGAUUA